UUUAGGGUUGGACGUGUGAACGGCGUGCUGUGUAUGCACUGUAUUUUUUUUUAGGGUAGAUUUUUCUACAUUUUUUAUGCUGGCGGGUUCGCUAAAAUGGCCGAGCAUGACGAAGGAGCGGAAUUUGGGAAAGGAGAUUUUGUCCUUCUGGACGAAGUCACCGAGGAUGCAUUUAUGGCAAACUUGAGAUUAAGAUUUGAAAAUGGUAAAAUCUACACAUACAUCGGAGAGGUCUGUGUGUCCAUCAACCCCUACAGAACGGUGGACAUCUUUGGGCCAGACGUUGUUGAGAGUUACAGGGGAAGAGAAAUCUACGAGCGGCCUCCGCAUAUAUUUGCCAUCGCAGACGCAGCAUAUAAAAGCAUGAAACGCAGAGCAAGGGACACCUGUAUUGUUAUAUCUGGUGAAAGUGGCUCUGGAAAAACAGAAGCAUCUAAGAUCAUCAUGAGAUACAUAGCAGCGGUCACCAACGUCAGUAAACAGCAGGAGGUAGAAAGAGUGAAGAACAUCCUGAUUCAGUCCAACACAAUCUUAGAGGCAUUUGGGAAUGCAAAGACAAACCGUAAUGACAACUCCAGCCGCUUCGGCAAAUACAUGGACAUCAACUUUGAUUUCAAAGGGGACCCUAUCGGCGGCCAUAUCAACAAUUACCUGUUGGAAAAGUCAAGAGUCGUCAGACAGCAGAAAGGCGAGAGAAGCUUCCACUCCUUCUACCAGCUACUAACUGGAGCUACUGAGCAACAGCUUGGUGACUUGCAACUCAAGAGGGAUCCCACACUCUACAACUUUGUUAAUCAACGCAAUGGGGAGCCUGUCUCCUUCAACGAUAAAAAGAACCACAAAGCCACCUUGGAGGCGCUCAGAGACGCUGGAUUUUCAGCGGAUCAACAAACGACGAUGUGGAAACUGCUUGCUGUCAUCUUGCAUCUGGGAAAUAUCAAUUUUGGGAGUGAGGAUAAAGAAACGUGCUCCAUCAGUAAUCCUGGGGAGUUAUCAACAAUCGCGACGCUACUCGACGUAAGCAAAGAGGACCUAGAGAAGGCGUUGUGUUACCGUGUUGUCGCAGCUAAAGGUGAAGUCAUGGAGAAGAGUCAUACAGAUGAGCAAGCUUACUACGGCAGAGAUGCCUUUGCUAAAGCAAUUUAUGAGAGACUGUUCACCUGGAUUGUAGGAAUGAUCAACACUGCUAUUGAAGUACGGGGUACCAGUCUCGAACACGGCAAGAAUACCGUCAUUGGUGUAUUGGAUAUCUAUGGGUUCGAAAUAUUCGAUGACAACAGCUUUGAGCAAUUCUGCAUCAACUACUGCAAUGAGAAACUGCAACAGCUCUUUAUAAUGUUGGUACUGAAGCAAGAACAGGAAGAGUAUGAGAGAGAAGGCAUCGAAUGGGUCACUGUGGAGUACUUCAAUAAUCGCAUCAUUUGUGACUUGGUCGAGGAAUCCCAUAAGGGGAUCAUUUCUAUACUGGAUGAAGCGUGCCUUAAUGUAGGCAAGGUGACAGAUAAGAUGUUUUUAGAGGCUAUGAACCAGAAGUUGGUGAACCAUGCACAUUACAUGAGCCGUGCAUUGCAGCCUGGGGACAAGACCCUAGAACACGACCGAGACUUCCGUAUCAAACACUACGCCGGUGAUGUCCUGUAUGACGUGAAUGGAUUCAUGUAUAAGAAUAAAGACACUCUCUUCCAAGAUUUCAAGAGGCUACUCUUCCUUAGCGCUAAUCCCGUCCUCUCAGAGAUGUGGCCAGAGGGCGGUAUGAAAUUGACAGAGGUCACCAAGCGACCAUUGACAGCAGGAACAAUAUUCAAGAACUCAAUGGUUGAGCUUGUAAAGAAUCUAGCGUCAAAGGAGCCGUACUAUAUCCGUUGUGUCAAACCGAAUGAGACCAAAUCUCCGAUCUUAUUUGAUGUCGAACGGUGCCUUCAUCAAGUGCGAUAUCUUGGAUUAAUAGAGAAUGUCAGAGUAAGGAGGGCAGGCUUCGCUUCUCGUCAACACUACACAAGAUUCUUACAGAGGUAUAAGAUGCUAUCACAGUUCACAUGGCCCAACUUCCGUGGAGGCGUCGACAAACAAGGAGUUCAGAUCCUCCUCCGUGAGCAAGGACUUGAGGAGGAUGUAGCGUAUGGUAAAACCAAGUUGUUCAUCCGAACACCAAGGUCUGUCUACAUCCUGGAGGAGGCCAGAGGGCGGCUAUUGCCAGCUAUUGCUGUAUUUUUACAGAAGAUCUGGAGAGGGACUCUCGCCAGACAGCGAGCCCACAAGAUGCGAGCCAUCUACUUCAUCAUGGCCUUCUACCGACGGUUUAAGAUCCAUCGCUACCUAGACAAACUACAAGACACAUUCCGAGAUGUUGCGAGUUUGAAUGAUUACGGGAAGAGCCUUGAGUGGCCAGAACCCCCUAAGGUGCUGAAAAGAUUUCACAAGAUGAUGCAGAAGUGUCAUAGACGGUGGAUGUGUCGCCUCAUGUUGAAGAAACUACCGAAAGAGGAAUGGCCAGAAAUGAAGAUCAAGAUCUCUGCCAUGGAAGCCCUGAAUGGGCGCUGCCAAGACUGGGGUUACAAAAGAAAAUGGCAGGGCAACUAUCUGGCUUCGAUGUCUGAGAACAACCAAACCGCACCCUUCGUUGCAAUGUGCGGCCAACUCAAGAACAAAGAUCAUUUUGAAAGUAUCUUGUUCUCCUCUUCUGUAGUGAAGAUCAACAAGCACAAUAAGUGUGCAGAACGAGCGAUCUUGGUUACUGACAAGUUCAUCUAUAAGCUAGACCCCAAGAAAGCUUUCAAACCUAUGAGGAUCGGCACGCAUUUAUCAGAGGUGACCGGCAUUAGCAUCACACCUGGCUCUGACCAAUUGGCAAUCUUGCACCUAUCAGGUGACAAUGACAUCGUAGUUAGUUUGACCAAUACCAGGGGAGAGAACAGAGUAGCAGAGUUGAUUGGUGUGCUGUGUAGGCAAUGGAAGGUGGCCAAGAAGCGAGAUUUGCGUAUAAUUGUCAUGCCAACCAUCCACUGCCAGCUCGGAAAACACAAAAAGACAGUCAGCGUUCAGAAAGUAUCGUCUGAUCGACCCCUCUUCAAGAAAGAAGGUCAGAAUUUAGUUCUUCUAUGGCCAAUGGAGGCAUAACCAAUCCAUGGUUAAACUGAAUAGAUACAGAAAGAUGUUUUUGUGUUGGGGGGGGGCGCAAGAAAUAAUUCUUGGGAGGCAUGAGAGGAGAGUUUGUUUUAAGGGAGCGCAAUGAGCAUGUUCGAGUACGCUCCGUGGUUGACUAUUUUGACUUAAACCCAGGGUGGUUGACCAUUGGUGGACUACUGUGGUCAACAUUUGGAACCGGCCUCACGACCAGUGUUUCUUCCGUGGUCCUGAAAGCCUGUUCCUUGCUAAUAUGUGUAAAGCACAGAAGGGAAACAGUGUAACUAUAGCGAAAAAUGCUGAAGGCAAUGGAAGUGUUGAAACGGUGGUACUGAUGGUUUACUAGACUUUGGAGUGCGCCAGUCCGCAUGUCUGUUGCUUGUCAGUGGUUAAUGCAUGAACUUGCUCUAGGUCUACCAAUGAGAUGGACUGUUUCAUUUUAUGAGCCAGGGAGGAUCUUGUUCCCAAAGGGAGGUGAUUUUUUAAGUCAAGCUCAAAGAGUGACUUAGCAACUCCUUAACAUUUCCUGCUUUCUUCUGUUUAGAACAUUUUAAAGCGAUUUGCUCUGCUUUAGCAGCUUUAUUUGCCCGAUUUAAUAGAGCUGCUUAACAAAAUUCUGCUUAGCAAAAAUAAGCAGGAAACCAUUCACAUUUUCAACAUGUG